CUCUCUCUACGCUUUACGUGAGGGGUAACCACAGCUGUUUGCUUUCUUGCUUACGCCCUGUUGCUGCUAUUGCUAGGUGCUUUAUCGAUCUCGACCGAUCCUAUUAGGUAUUCAGCCAACCAGCCGACAUAUCGAGAGACACCAAAGAGGCAAUUCCGACAAAGACAGGAACCAACGUUAAACCACCAUGUCGAGCGCCCAAGGUGGAGGGGACUCGAAGCUGUUCGCUCGGGGGAAAGUCGCCGAGCUGCGACUCGAGUUGAACAGCGGCGGAAAGAAGGAUAAAAACUUCACCCAGAAAAAGAUUGCUCUGAAGAAGAUCGUCGCCAACAUGACUAUGAGCAACAAUGAGAUGGUCUCCCUCUUUCCCGAUAUAAUAGGUUGCAUGCACAUACAGAGCUUGGAGAUCAAGAAGAUGUGUUUCUUGUUCCUAGUUAACUAUGCGAGGAUGCGCCCCGAGAUUGCGAUCAAAGCAAUCCCAUUCCUACAGCAUGAUAUGGAAGAUACGAACCCGCUAGUCCGAGCUUUGGCUCUUCGAACUAUGUCCUACGUUCACGUCAAAGAAUUCGUCGAAGCUACAGUCCCCAUCGUCAAGCACCUACUUCGGGACUCCGAUCCUUACGUGCGAAAGACGGCCGCCUUCUGCGUCGCGAAAUUGUACGAUCACGAUAAGUUCAUGGUCGAACAGUCCGAUCUGAUAGAUAGGCUUAAUCAGCUUCUAAGAGACGACAACCCUACAGUUGUUGCGAGCGCGUUGGCCGGAUUGAUGGAUAUAUGGGAACGUAGUGAUUCUAUUAAGCUCACUAUCGACUAUAGCAAUGCAUCGAAGAUGGUAGCAAUCUUACCAGACUGUUCCGAGUGGGGCCAAACAUAUAUCCUCGAAGCCUUGAUGUCCUAUGUGCCUCAAGAAUCAGGGGAAGCCACCCUGCUAGCCGAACGUAUUGCGCCGCGCUUAUCUCAUUCGAAUUCGGCUGUUGUGUUGACCUGUAUUCGAGUGAUUUUGUAUCUGAUGAACUAUAUCGCAGACGAGAAACAAGUUUCGGCACUAUGUCGAAAACUAUCCCCGCCACUAGUGACGUUGCUUGCGAAGGGACCAGAAGUACAAUAUCUUGCUCUUAGGAAUGCGCUACUCAUACUCCAAAGGAGACCGGAUGUUCUUCGCAACGAUAUCCGCGUAUUCUUCUGCAAAUAUAACGACCCGAUCUAUGUCAAGGUUACGAAGCUUGAACUGAUAUUUAUGCUCGCCAACGAGAAGAACAUCGACGAAGUAUUAACCGAACUUAGGGAGUAUGCAACGGAAGUCGACGUUCAUUUCGUUCGGAAAGCAGUUCGCGCCAUCGGAAAGCUGGCCAUUAAGAUUGAGCCAGCGGCAAGAUCAUGCAUAAAUUUGCUCCUCGAACUUGUGGCGACUAAGGUCCCGUAUAUUGUCCAAGAGGCUACUGUGGUUAUCCGCAAUAUCUUCCGGAAAUACCCUAACCAGUACGAAUCAAUAAUCGGCACGUUAUGCGAACAUCUCGACUCUCUAGAUGAACCAGAAGCUAAAGCAGCAAUGGUGUGGGUCAUCGGGCAAUACGCAGCGAGAAUCGAAAACAGUGACGUCCUGCUUGAGGAUUUCCUAUACUCAUUCGCGGAGGAACCGGUAGAAGUGCAAUUAGCGCUCCUCACGGCCACCGUCAAGCUAUUCAUACAACGCCCCACCAAGGGCCAGGACCUCGUCCCCAAGGUCCUCAAGUGGGCCACCGAAGAAACUGACAACCCGGACCUCCGGGACCGCGCGUAUAUGUACUGGCGUCUCCUCAGCACAGACAUGAACGUCGCGAAACAAAUGGUCAUGGGCGAGAAACCGCCCAUCACGGCUGAAUCCGAGAAGCUUGACGCCCAGACCCUCGAGGAGAUGUGUCUCAACGUCGGCACGCUAGCCACCAUCUACCUUAAGCCGGUACAAACCGUCUUCCGCAGCGCACGUCCCCGACGCCUCCCCGACUCCCCCGCGCUCCAAAGACAUGCACUACCAACAGCGACCAACCUUCCCGCCUUUGACGCGCAGAAGAGCCUCAGCGCCUUUGGCAUGGGCGGACAACCCGUCUCCAUCCCUAAUACCGGGAACCCUCAGAACGUAUUCGGCCAGGAGAACAGCGGCAGUAUGGCCAACGCCGUUAACGACGCGGACGCGUACUUCGCCGGCAUCGGAAUCCAGCAAAUGGCCGCUAUGGGCAUCCACGAGGCGGGCGACAGCUCGUUCGGCGGCACCGGCACCGAAGCUUCGUAUGUGGUUAAUCAAUACGCGCCACAGCAGGUCCUGCAGCCGGCUCAGGGGGUCGGAAGUAACGGCGAUCUGCUACUUUUGUAGCGACCUACUUGUAACAAGGACAAGGACCAUAUGCCUUGCAUCCAUACUAAGUAUUUAGCUCACCUUGCAUAGGUACUUAGUGAAGAGUAAAUAUUUAGUCAUAAACUACCAUCUAAGGAGUAGAAGAAGAUACGAGGAGGCGAGAAGCACGAUACGACACGAUAGUUCAAAUAAGCCCAGAUAAAGGGCGCGGGGAGGCGAGCGGUUGGAAGUGGAAGAUUGCUCAGUGUAUGUAGAUAAGCCGCCGAUAUGGCAAUUGUCAGACUAGAAUACCUUACCUAUUGGUAAGGGAAAAGGAGAGAAAGAAAUAGGACAUUAAUGAUGAUACUAUCCAUUGUAUGUAGGUAUGUAUAUCAAUCUUCACGUACUUUCAA